CCGCCACUGUCACCAAUUCGUCUCGUUCCAAUCGCGGCUACCGUACACCUUUCGCACGUAAGCUUCGUUCGUUUCACCCAGGUAACAGGUAUGGCAUCCUCUCAGCCUGUCGUCUUGGUGACCGGAGCCUCUCGCGGGCUGGGUCUAGCAAUUGCUCAGCAGCUGCUCUCUCAAGGUUCCAACGUCCUCACGCUCUCCCGCUCCCUCACACCAGAGCUGAGCUCACUGUCAGAGCAGAAGCACAAGGACGAUGCUGAGAUAUUGACGCACCAAGGAAGCGUAAAUAGCGAAAAGGACACGCAGGAGGGCGUCAAGAAAGCCUUGGAAAAGUGGCAAAGACUGGACGGGGUGAUCCUCAAUGCUGGGGUCAUCGACUUUGCCAGGAUCUCCGAUGUGACGCCCUCAUCUUUCGCAGAACAGAUUCAGACCAACCUCUCUUCCCUCAUCGUCACCUUGCACUACACCUUGCCUCACCUCAGAAAGUCCCCGACAGGUCAGGGAAAGGUCGUAUUUGUCUCGAGCGGUGCUUCGGUGGGAAAUACGGCUGGAUGGUCGGCUUACAAUGCCGGCAAGGCCGGUAUGAACGCCAUCGCUCGAACCUUGGCGUCUGAAGAGCCUUCCUUGGCGGUCUGGGCUGUCAGACCAGGUGUGGUCGCUACCGAGAUGCAAACCCAGAUUCGCUCAUCGGGCAAAGAAUCCAUGGACGCCGCUUCGUACGACAAGUUUUCGGGAAUGCACCGGGAUGGCACGCUCUUGCCACCAGAGCAGCCCGGUCAUGUUCUGGCGGCUUUGGCUAUCAGGGGCACCAGGGACGAUCCCAAGGGAGCAGAUGGUCAGGGCGCUGGUGCUAAGGGCGGGUACAUUGAUUGGAGCAGCGAAGAGCUGAAGAGCUUCAGGCUGCAGUAGUGGUGCGAGAUCCUCAAGCAGCACAAUGCGAGACCCCCAAGCAGCUCAGAAUUAGCCUCAUCAAUGCUAUCCUCUUCAAGCGUUGAUCGAUACCGAGUCGUUAUAACGCAGACAAAGUGUAAGCAGUUGAAUUGCAGCG